AUGAAAUUUGUGGGAUUGUUUGCCUUGUGUUUUAGUUCUGUGCCAAUAUUAUUGAUGGUUGCUUGGAUAUAUGAAGUACAUAGACUGGACAUAGACUGCUCUGGCAUUCUGGUGAUGGGAAGGACACAGACAAGUGCUGCAGUUUUGCAUUCCAUCUUCCGCGAGAAAACUUCCAGGGCGUCAGAUGAUAUUGACACAAAAAAGAGAAUCCUACAAAGAAGGUACUGGGCACUGGUCAUUGGAUGUCCUAGACGUUCAAAGGGGUUGGUUACUGCUUCAUUGGGUAAGGUGGUUGUUGACAAUGGGAAAUCUGAUCGAAUAGCAUAA